AUGAGCAGAGAAGAGGAAGAGGGGCACAAAGCUUUAUUUUCUGGAUUCACACAGGUGAGGAAUGCCUCCUCCAACUUUGGAGGGUUUUUACCAACGUCAAAAACGCUGGCGGCGCAACGUGAAAUAUUGUGGCGUUUCUUUAAGGUGCCACAUUACAACCCGCCUGACAACGUUGAGUGCGGCGGGAAGUGGUGGGAUUUUGUGGAUCGCCAGAUUGAGUACCCACGCAUCAUUAUUUCAGGCCCUGAAAUUACGGACAAAUCUCAGGAAGCCCGGGCGCUCACAAGAGAGUUUAACCGACGUCAAUAUUACCGGAGUUUCAACGUCCAUUGUGAAAUUCCCCCGACGGAGGAGAUGCAGGCUGCCCAAACGAUGCAUACACUAAUUGCAUUGCAUUCUGUCAACAGGUCCAACAAUGAGGCGCAGCCCAUGCAUGGGGCGCAUUUCUCCUCCAAUACGUUUUCACCCUUGAUGAAACCUGAAACACGUAAACUGAUGCCGGAGAAGUUUUCUUUUCGAGAUGGAGUAUUGGAUGUGGUUCUUCCCGCAGAUGCCAAUGGAACGACGAGGAUGUACUUUCGACCUUUACCAACAUGGAAGGAGUUUCAGCUGGAUGUCCGAAGUCUGCGUCGACUGUCACACGAACGUGCGGUGCAACUUUAUGCAACAAAACGGUUAGAAAUGCUGGAGUGCAAGUUUAACCUCCAUGUUGCUCUCACAAACGAUGAUCAGGAGAAUCACGCCCGUGAUGCGCCUGUGCUGUUUGAGAAGGGUGAUCUGUACAAGUGUGUCAAGGUGGAUGUGCAUUGUCACAUGGCAGCCGGAAUGACGGCGAAGGAACUUUUGAGUUGCAUCAAGGAGAAGGUUCAAAAACACGCGGAUGAUGUGGUGGAUGUUGAACGUGGGACCGGUCGGUUUGUUACACUUGGAGAUUUGUUUGCAAAACUGCGAACUUCUCCACUGCAGGGGGCCGCUGUCAAUUUGGAGGAUCUUACGGUCGCCUCACUUAAAGUGAAGGCGGGGAAUGGUACCUUUAACCGCUUUGAUGAGUUUAAUGGUCGUUACAAUCCAUUUGGUAACUCUGCACUCCGCACCCUUUUUCUAAAGACGGAUAAUUUUAUGGGUGGUCGUUACUUUGCAGAAUUGAUACGUCAGACAUUUCGUCGUCAGGCCGAGGACGGUCAUGUCUUUUCGGAGUAUCGUCUCUCCAUCUACGGUCGACAGCGUCAUGAGUGGGACCAGCUGGCGCGUUGGAUGGUUUUGAAUCACGCGUCGCACUCUACAAAUCGUUGGAUGGUGCAAAUACCGCGGCUUUACUUUAUUUACCGCAAGAAUGGCAUCAUCUCCUCCUUUGAAGAGAUGCUGUCGAACAUAUUUGCACCGCUGUGGGAGGCGUCCAUGCAUCCAGAGGCGCACCCUUUUCUAAGUUACUUUCUCGCACACAUCAGUGGGUUUGACAUUGUUGACAACGAAAGUGAGCGCGAGCCGGACACCCUCAUUGAGACCCCACCAUCCCAAUGGACCGUCCUUGAUAACCCGCCCUUUACAUAUUGGGUGUAUUACAUGUGGGCGAAUAUCACUGCACUGAAUCGCUACCGUGCAGCACGGGGGUUCUCCACCUUUACAUUUCGUCCACAUGCGGGAGAGAGUGGAGAUCCGGAUCAUAUGGCGGAUGUGUUUUUUGUUGUCGAUGGGGUAAAUCACGGCAUUAACCUUAAGAGGUCACCUGUUCUGCAGUAUUUAUACUAUCUGGCACAAAUUCCUCUCGGUAUUACACCCCUAUCAAACAAUGCGCUCUUUUGCAAAUAUCGUGACAAUCCAUUUCCCAUAUUCUUCCGGCGUGGACUCAAUGUGGCACUCGCCACAGACGGAGCCCUCAUCUUCCACCACACCGAGCAACCACUUAUUGAGGAGUACAGCACAGCAGCAAAUUUUUGGAAUCUUUCCAUGGCAGAUGUGUGUGAGAUUGCCAAGAAUAGCGUGAUGAUGUCUGGAUUUCCAUCGUAUCGAAAGAAGGCCUGGUUGGGAAUCUUGUGCGAACUGCGCAGUGCGGCCGGCAACGAUGUGCGCCUGUCAAAGGUGCCACAUUCACGGUGCACAUUCCGGUAUGAAGUGUACAUGGAGGAACUUAGCCACCUGCAAAGAAAAGCCGCGUUGGACAUUCCACUGAAGCCGAUUAUGGAUGCGCAACUGGAAGGACUUUGCACGAUGGACGUGGUUGGCCUCACACGCGAGCAGGUCAUUGAGCGGCGCUUGAAUGGCCAACCCAUUCUGGCGGAUACAGAUACUGAGGCUGAUAAACAACAAAAGGUCCAUGACACUCAAAUGUUCCUUGUGCGACUUGGUCCACGCAUCACCGCGCCUUCACGACUAUGA